AUGCCACUCAAUAAGGGCUUAAGCUUCAGUAGAAAUUUACCGAACCAGCCACCAAAAAUAAAAAGAGACAGAAUACUCAACGAUAAUUCGGAUGCAUUCAAAUUUAACGCCUGGGAUAACGUUCCUAGGCCUGAAAAUGAAUUUGAUAUUGUUAAACCACAUAUAGAUUUUCAUCAGUUGCAUAGAGCUGAUGAGGAGAAGGUGGAUAAACUAAAUGAUAACCCUUCUUCUUACUGGAAUGACUUCUAUAAAACACACCAAUCUUCUUUCUUCAAGGAUAGGCAGUGGCUGGGUUUGGAAUUCCCUGAUCUACUCAAUCUAGUUGCUAACCAACAACCCUCUACACUCCUUGAAUUAGGUUGUGGCGUUGGUAAUUCCCUCUUCCCCAUCUUAGAUUCGAAUCAAAACUCAAAUUUACACCUUCACGGAUGUGAUUACUCGAAUGAGGCUAUAGAUAUUGUCAAACAACACCCAACCUACCUAAACCCUCCUAAUGGCUCUAUAAAUGCAUCUGUAUGGGAUUUAUCCAACUCUUCCCCUUCAGAACUCCCACUCCCACCAAAUUCAGCAAACUACAUACUAAUGAUAUUCGUUUUAUCCGCACUUCACCCAGAUCAAUUCGAUACUGCUCUCAACAACAUCCACACUAUGCUUAAACCAGGCGGUAAAGUUCUCUUUAGAGAUUAUGGUAGGUAUGACCUCGCUCAGAUUAGAAUGAAAAAGCAGAGACUACUUCAAGAUCAUUUUUACUGUAGAGGCGAUGGUACGAGGGUUUAUUUCUUUGAACUUGAUGAGCUGGAUCAGUUGUUCAAGAAGCAUGGCUUUGAUGUUCAACACUCUGACACUGAUAGACGUCUAAUUAUCAACCGCAAAGAGGAGAAAAAGAUGUAUCGCGUUUGGCAGCAAGCUACGUAUACAAAGUGA